GGUAAUUGCAUUUCUGUAUUCUGCAAUGCGAUGUGUUGAUUUAGGGUUAAGAACUGCUCUCAUCGUCACACCUGUUAGUGUUCUGCAUAAUUGGAGGCAUGAAUUUCUAAAAUGGAGGCCAACAGAACUGAAACCUCUUCGUAUCUUUAUGCUUGAAGAUGUUCCAAGGGAGAAGAGAUCUGAAUUGCUGCAGAAAUGGAGAACUAAAGGUGGUGUUUUUUUAAUUGGCUAUGCUGCUUUUCGAAAUCUGUCUUUGGGAAAGCAUAUAAAGGACCGUCAAAUUGCAAGAGAAAUAUGCCAGUCACUCCAGGAUGGGCCGGAUAUACUAGUGUGCGAUGAAGCUCAUAUCAUAAAAAAUACCAGGGCUGAUGUCACACAAGCCUUGAAACAAGUAAAAUGUCAGAGACGAAUUGCUUUAACUGGGUCUCCUCUACAGAACAACUUGAUGGAGUACUAUUGUAUGGUAGAUUUUGUUAGAGAAGGAUUUCUUGGAAGCAGCCAUGAAUUUGGAAAUCGAUUUCAGAAUCCUAUAGAAAAUGGUCAACACGCCAAUUCUACUGAUGAGGAUGUGAAGAUUAUGAACCAAAGGUCUCAUAUUCUCUAUGAACAAUUAAAAGGAUUUGUGCAGAGGAUGGAUAUGAGUGUUGUGAAGAAAGAUUUGCCACCAAAAAUUGUCUUUGUAGUGUCUGUUAAGCUUUCUCCUUUACAGAGAAAAUUAUACAAAAGGUUUCUUGAUGUGCAUGGUUUCACGAAGGAUAAGGUUACUGGUGAAAAGAUAAGAAAAAGAUCUUUUUUCGCAGGAUAUCAAGCCUUAGCUCAGAUAUGGAACCAUCCUGGGAUAUUGCAACUAAUGAAAGAAAACAGAGAUGCUACUAAGCGUGAAGAUACUGUUGAAAAUUUCAUUGUCGAGGAUUGCUCAAGUGAUGAGAACACAGACAAUAAUGUGAUUCCUUCAGAAAAGCCAAAUCAAAACAAUGAUUUACCACUCAGAAAAGAUGCCACCGGCUUCCUUCACGGGGACUGGUGGAGUGAUCUUCUAAAAGAAAAUAGUUACAAGGAGGUCGAUUAUAGUGGUAAAAUGGUUCUGCUUCUUGAUAUCCUGUCUAUGUGCUCUAAUGCUGGUGACAAAGUACUAGUCUUUAGCCAGAAUUUGGCAACACUGGACCUGAUUGAGCUCUACCUUUCAAGAUUGCCACGACCUGGGAAAAAGGGAAAGCUUUGGAAGCAAGGGAAAGACUGGUUCAGAUUAGAUGGAAGAACAGAACCUUCCCAAAGACAGAAAAUUGUUGAGAGGUUUAAUGAGCCAUUGAAUAGAAGGGUGAAAUGCACUUUGAUAUCAACCAAAGCUGGAUCUCUCGGUAUCAACCUCCAUGCUGCUAACCGAGUGAUUAUUGUUGAUGGAUCAUGGAACCCAACUUAUGAUCUUCAAGCUAUAUAUAGGGCUUGGAGGUAUGGACAAACAAAACCUGUUUUUGCGUACCGGUUGCUGGCACAUGGAACGAUGGAGGAAAAAAUAUAUAAGCGUCAGGUUACGAAGGAAGGCCUGGCUGCAAGGGUAGUUGAUCGGCAGCAAGUGCAUCGAACCAUGUCAAGAGAAGAGAUGCUGCAUCUGUUUGAAUUUGGAGAUGAUGAUGGUGCUGAUGUCAUCUCAGAAUUGGGAGGAAAUUUAGGUGAAUUACGGACUAAUGACGGUGUUGGUAGCUUUUUGAAACAAAAAAUGCCUCUUCCCAAAGGAGGUGUGUCUUCUGACAAGUUUAUGCAGACGUUGAUUGAAAGACACCAUCCAAGUUGGAUUGCACAUUACCACGAGCACGAGACAAUGUUGCAAGAGAAUGAGGAGGAGAAACUGACGAAGGAGGAGCAAGAAAUGGCUUGGGAGGUGUUCAAGAGAAGUCUUGAGUGGGAGGAGGUCCAUCGGGUCUCACAUGCUGAAUCAGCAGCACCGGUGGUCAUGUCAAACCACCACCACCACCACGAAGUACCACCCCCAGUGGUGGUGCAUGACAGCGUUAAGCUCAGGCGGGCCAUUCAGACUGCAAGAAACCGUGUGGUGGUUAGGAAAUGCACAAACCUCUCACAUUUGCUCACACUUAGAAGCCAAGGAACCAAAGCGGGUUGCAGCACUGUGUGUGGAGAGUGCGCUCAUGAAAUUAGUUGGGACAACCUUAAUACUGAUGGCAAGUCCACGAAAUGAUGGUCAGUGCUGAUCUAUUUUUGGCUUUUUUUGGGGGGGGGGCAUGUUAACAUUGAUUUGUUAUCAUUAGUAUGGCACCCCUGUUCUUUUUCUCUAUGUAAAUGCUCAUCGGUUUUUGGCUCAAGGGUGUGGUUGGGGGUUUUUCGGUAGGGAAUGAAUGGGAGGAUCACUUUUUGUUUCCCCAAUUUGUCUUUGUUUGUUAGUCAUAGGCUAGAAAAUGACUAUUUGUAGUUAUCAUACAAUUUACUAUAUUCAUUUUAUUUCAAAUCAUCUGAAUGUGAAAAGAAAUUAAUGAUAUAAUU